CCAUCUCAAAACAAUCGCGCCUUUCAGCAACAAUACAAAAAUGAACACAGAUACCGCGGCCAUUUUAAUUGCGUGCUGUCAUUUAUAAUUCGUGACGCGUAUUUCAACUAAUUUACCGUAUUAAUCAUUGCAUUUAAAACAUAAAAAUAUAUCCAAAAUACAAAUAAGACUUUAUUUUAAUGAUUUUCAAUUAAAUAUCAUCAUCAAAUUGGCCGUAAAUGUGUUAAAAUUGCAUCCAAAAAUUCUCGUCGACAGAAACAGGAAAAGUGAACUCUAGAAAAUUUUUUUGCAAGAAAAUUUGUUCCAACAAAAAAAACCCCUACCAGUGAAUUCAGCGUUAUGUUCAUCCGCCAGCUCUAAACAAAAUAACAAAAACAACAACAAAAACGCCGCAGUGAAAAAGGGAUACAAAAUCAAAAUAAUACAAAAACAUAAACUGAGCGCGUAUAGGAUAGAGUGAGUGAGUAAGGGGUGAAAAAAAACUCAAGUCGUAAUUUGGAUAUGUCAUGUCAGCAAGCACCUAGACUUACUGAAGAUCCGUAUGUUUUUACGGAAGCAGUUUCAUCAACACCAGUUUUAUUCAAUCCUCAGAAAUCAAGGCAUCCACACAAUCCCAAACCUGUUAACAACCAACCUCUUCUUCAUUCACAACAAACAACACGCGAUUCAGGCAAUGCCAACAACGUAACCCAACAAUUCUUUUGCGGCCGUUUUAACGGCACAACAACAGCAAUUGAAACACCGUCAGCAUCCAUUACCCAACAGCAGCAAAUUAUCAAUGGCAUGCAAAAGAAUGUCAUAUCGAUAACAACGAUUAGUAAUGGCAAUAGCCAUUCAAAUGUUGCAUCUAAUAAUAAAUUACAGCAACAGCAACAGCAACAACAGCACCAUCAUUCACAUCCUAAAAUCGUGACAACAGCUGCUGUGACAGUAACGCCAACAACAGCGGCGUCAUCUUGUUGUUCGUUGCCAACACAAGUAAUCUCAUGGAAUCAAACGCCGACAUCAACGUCAUCAGCGUCCCCACCCGCCCAACAUCAUCAUCAGCAACAAAUCAACCAUCUUCAUCAACAACAACAACAGCAGCAACAACAGCCGCAACAAUCUUUCUUUACAUUAACAAGUAAUUGUAGUGGUGGUGGUAAUGUACAGAAUUUGUCUUCCCCGUCAACUCUACUACCACCGUCAAAUUUCCAUCAAAACACUUUGGCACAACAGCUUCAGAAAGUUGGAUCGACAUUGACAAAUACAAAUUCAACAAAACCUGCGCAAUGGCAAAGACACCAGCAACAACAACAACAACAAUACUCAAAAGUCUCAGUUUAUCCUCAAAAUGCGCCACUACCUAACAGGGUAGUAGAAAAUGUUGUGACGUGUCAUGCGACGUCAUCUUCAUCCUCCACUGCACAACCUUCAUUUCCAUCAGAUUCAUCAUCGUCAUCAGUGCAACCAAAUCAUUCCGAUAUAAAUGAAAUUCCAGUUAGUGUUAUCUACCGAACAACUCCCAUUAAAACUGAACCAGGAACAAGUCCCAGAGUUGUUCGAGAAGCGGCGGCGACGAGUACACCAACUGCACCGUCGCCGUCACCAAAUCGCAAAUCAUCUGUAAAUGAUUUAAGUGACAAGAAUGUUGUGUUCGCCACACCUGCCAAAAGAGACUCUCGGGUCUUAUCGUCUUCCGCUAAAAAAUCGCUUAAAAGCUCAACUAAUGGGCCACCUGGCAAAGCGAAACGCUCACAGAGUCAAACAACCCACCAUGAAGCUUUACCAAGAAUACCAUCGAUCAACCAACAUCAUUCGUCAUCAACUUCAUUGCCAUCAGCAACACCAGUGUCGUCUACUUCGUCUUCAUCAAUACGACGAAGACAAAAAAAUCGUCGAAACAGUGGCGAAUGGCAUGCCCCUGAUACGUAUAUUUUUGAUAGUGUAUCGCCGCUAACUUCACAUAUUGAACGUCGGCAACGUACAGCAGAGAAAUGUGAUAUAACAAUAACGUCAGCCAAAGCUUCUUGCGUGCAAAAACAUUGGUUGGGCGUUUAUGAUUUGAAAGAUCCGGAUAGCGAUAACAUAUCAGCGAGGGCCCCGAAUAUUGGCAGAGAAGAGCGUAUUGAACGGCAUAAGGCAUUGUUGCGUCGACAAGCUGUGCAGUUGAUUUCAUCGCAUGCGUUUUUGAAACCAACAGCGGCUAGAAGUCGACUGGUUUUUGUUUCGAAAUUCUUGCAAAAACUUAAAAACCAGGAAGAUGUUGAACUUGAGAAGAAAUGCUGUGUUCCAUCUUGUUCAAAUCGAGCUCUCGCAUUAACCGCCCAAUGUUACAUACACAUAACGGGCAAUGUAGACCAACAUUUGUUCCUACCUUGUACGGCGAAAUUCGCCGACAAUACCCAAUGCCGCAUUCCAGUGUUUGAUAUAUCACAUGAGCUUCCGUUGUGUCGUGAGCAUGGUUGGAAACGUGACAACUACAAUCGAAUAGUUCAGGAGCAAAGGCCAAAAAUAAAAGUUAUACAAAAGCGUACAAAAUCAAAUGGUAUGUGUGGCCGACCACCUAAACGCAGCAAGAAUAAACGAAAAGGAAGUACAUCGUCGUUGGAAUCAAUUGGAAGUAGUAAUACUACAACAUUUAUUUCGACGCCCAAUCGUUCUUCAGCUAUAGCAUUGGCUCCACCGAAUAUUACAUCGUCGAAUCGUAUUGGUGCGACGAUUGUUUAUGAUGGAAAUUCUUCUGGCGCAACAAUUGGUGGUGGAUAUACCAUCAAAUUGAAUGAGAUUUCAUCACAACCUGUGUCCCAGUCGAAUAUGCUUCCAGCGAUGAAUACUCUUUCGCCGGGACUGGAAAUUAUGAACAUAAUGAAAAAUUCGCAUCAGCAAGAUUUGCUGACACAGGAUAUGCUGAGUAUUUGUGAGAAUAGUUCGGUGUAUGCUAGUUCGGAAGACACUGGGGUAGGUGGUUUGAGUGAGAGCGAGUUGAUGGUGGGAACACAAGAUGCUGAAGAAAUACCUUUGGCCGAUACUCGUCUAUUGGAAGAGCAUGAUUUGACCAAUGUUUUGAAUAACUUACCAGUAGAUGCUUUUAAUGAACUGUUUACAGUAGUGCGUCAAGACGAACGAGAAGAAGUUGAAAGAGCUCUAGAACUUGCUGACAAACAAAUCAAAUCUCUACAACAAAUGACUGGCAAUGAUACGGACUUUUUGAGAGAUCUUCUAGAUGGCAGUGAUCAAAUCUUAGACGAUACAGACAUCUGUACAGAAAUAGUUUCUUCACAUUCACCCGAUACAAGUGGCAUCGACACAACAACACUAUUUGUCGAUGGAGGAAGUAAUAGUACGGCUGGUAGUUGUACUGGUCCAACUCCAACAGACAUUCGAGGACUGGUACAAACCUAAAUGAAGAAGAAUAAAUAAUUAGUAGAAUCCUAGCCGAUACAAAAAAGAAAAAAAUUAAUACAUUCAAAUUGGUAUUCUCAUAUAAUUAUAUAAAAAACAUGUAUCGAUUUUUCUCCCAAAAAAGCCCAUUAAAAUCGUUCUUCAUUAUAAAACAAAAAAACAGAAAAAAAAACAAAAUUUUUAUCAUACAUAAUUAUUACAUAAUAUUGUUCAAGUUCAGUGUAUUAUUUUGUGUAUAGUAAAACCAAAUAAGCAAAAAUUAACAUAGCGUAAUUUAAAAAAAAUGAAACAAAAA